AUGAAUAGUAAUAAUGAAAAGGCGAAGAUUGACUCAAUAAUAGAUUAAUUCUAUGGGUUUAAAGUUAUUGAGGAAGUGCCAGAAGAGGAAAGACACUUUGAUUAGGUAGUUUCAUAACCAGAUUAAACAUAAAUUUAAAAGAUGCUUGAUGAUAGUUUGCAAAAAAGAUAAGAAUUUAUCUAAAACAAUGACUGCAAGGAAUAUUCAUAAAUGUUAAUAAUAUCUUAGAUAAGAAUGGAUUUUACGAAUGACGAUCCCUUUCUUAAACAUCUUAUGAAUGUCGAGAAAGCAAUAAAGAAGGCAAUCAGAAAUAUUUUAUUGCAAUUAUAGAAACUAGAAAAUAAACAACAAUUUAAAGAGGCUUGUGAUAAAUUGAUAAAGAUAUUUUAUCAAGAUAUUAAUAUCGGAUUUAUCACAUCAACUGGAUAAAUAAAAUCAACAGCCUAUGCUUUUAUUCUUAAAUCAAUAAUAGAAUUAAUAAACAGAAAGAAAAUUAAUUUAUAAUUUAAAAAGAUUCCUCUUAAAAUAACCUUAACAUUCUUUGCAAUAGAUUCUCUUUAGCAAAUAAUACCAGCAUAAAAACUAUAUGAUCCUAGAAGUGCAUUUAUUAGAAAUAACAAAUUUUUUAAUGAUUACAUAAUACUGUCCUAAACAAAUCAAGACGAACUAAGGAGUGGCGUAUCAAUCUUCUUUGUGUACAGACCAGAAGAUGAUUAAAUAUAUGCUUUAAAACGAAGCAAACUUCAAGCCACUCAACUUGAUUUUUUUUCUGUAUUUUCUACAACUGCAUCAAAUACCCCAAUAACCCCAGAUAUUCGAAAGAUUAGAGAAGCCAAAAUACUUUCUAAGUUAACUCAUCCAAAUAUCCUGAGACUUUUUGCAUGGUGGAUCGAACAAACAAACGAUGGCUAUUAUCUAUAUAUGUAACUUGAAUAUUGUUCCUUUCCUGGUUAUAAAUAUUAACCAACUGACUUGUUAACAUUUUCUUAUUAUUAUUUAAAUGUUAUGCAGAAUGCAGAAAAAAUACAUAAAAUUAAAUCCAUUUUAAAUCAAAUAUUAGAUGGUCUAGAAUACAUUCAUUAAAGAGGGAUUAUACAUAGAGAUUUAAAACCUGAAAACAUUUUUGUCACUAUCAACAUUAAAGGCGAUUUAUAAGUUGUUUUAGCAGAUUUUGAUUAGGGAAAAGAUGUUAGAGAAGAAAAGCUAUCCACAAUGACUGAUGAAAGACUUCCUUAAGAAGAACUCAAUUCUAUUACGUCUCAAAAUACCAUAACAACAGGCACUUGUGGAUAUUAGACUGCAAAUUAUAUUAAGGAUUCUCAUUAUGGCAUGGCAGAUGAAUUCUAUGCCAUAGGAAUAAUUUUAUUGCACCUUGUAAUUGCUUUUCCAGGAGAACCAAAAAACAGAAAUCAUUAUGCAAAGACAUUUGUGAUGGCAAAUCGUGCAGAAGACGUAUUAUCAUUAUUUGAUACUUGGGCUAAUAAGUUUGUUAAAAACAAAAGUAUCGAUUUUUCAUUCACCCAUUAUAAAAAUGUAAUGGAUCUAGCCAAAUUAUUGACAAGCUCAAGAAAAUUAACUCAUGAUGAUGUGAGAAAAAUGAUCAAUGAAUUAUGA